AUGGCAGACAGCACAGCACCGGUUGUCGAGGGCGCAGCAGCAGCGGGGAGCAGCCGGCCGGUCAAGCCCGAUGAGGCAGUUUUCCAGAAGGCGCUGGACAAGGCCGAGAAGGAGCACAAGGAUGUGAUGACGCGGUUUAACGCCAUCAAGGCCAAGAUCGAGCUGGCGCAGCCGAACAAGAGCAAGGACGGGCCGCAGUCGGCGACGCAGAAGCGCCGACAGGAGCUGAUUGAGCAGCUGACGGAGAUCCGGAAGAAGCAGGCGGGCGGCAAGUCGGCGCGGACGUCGAAGCAGGAGCAGAUCAAGCGGCUGGACGAGCAGCUGCGGAGCCGGAUCGCCGAGCAGAAGACGGCCAAGAGCAAGGUAGCCUUCAAGUCGACCGAGGACCUGGACCGGCACAUCCAGCGGCUGGAGGACCAGGUGAACGGCGGGAUGAUGAAGCUGGUGGACGAGAAGAAGGCCCUGUCCGAGAUCACGAGCCUGAAGAAGACGCGCAAGAACUUUGCCCAGUUCGACGUGCAGGAGAAGCAGAUUGCCGAUCUGCGCGCCAACAUCAAGCAGAUCAAGGACAGCAUGGACGACCCGGAGGCCAAAGCCAUGGGCGAAAAGUACAACGCCAUCCAGGCCGAGCUCGACGGCAUCAAGGCCGAGCAGGACGUGGCCUACAAGAGCCUCUCAGCCCUGCGCGACGAGCGCAGCAAGCUGCACGCCGAGCAGCGCGACAAGUUCGACGCCAUCCGCAAGCUCAAGGACGACUACUACGGCCAGAAAAAGGCCUUUGCCGCCUACGAGCGUGAGGCCCGCCAGAAGGCCUGGGAGCGCAAGCAGGCCGAGCGCGAGCGCUUCGAGCGCGAACGCAAAAAGGAGCGUGCACAGCGCCUCUUGGCCGAAGCCAGCGACCCGGCCUACAUUGACGAGAUCCGCCGCGCCCGCAGCCUGCUGCACUUCUUCGACCCCACGUCCACGCCCGCGCCCGCGCCUGCUGCCGUCGCUACCGCUGCCGCCAGCCUCGGCGCCCAGGCCACCCGCAAGGUCGACGACUCCGGCCUCAAGGGCACCCGCCUCGUCCGCAAGGAGGACCGCGACGACACCUACCUGCCCGCUGCCAAGAAGGGCGCCAAGAAGUCCGCCAAGAAGUCUGCUGCCGACUCUGCCUCCAAGGGCUACAACGUGCCCCCGUCCGUCAUCGAGGACUGCGCCUCCAUGGGCCUCGACCCGCCUGCCAGCCAGGCUGAUGUCGCCGUCGUCAUGGAGAAGGUCAAGGCCAAGCUGGCCCACUGGGAGGCUGACCAGGAGACCCAGACCCAGCGGAACAUCGAGAAGGCCAAGAAGGAGAUUGAGCGGAUCGAGAAGGAGGAGGCCCAGGAGAUCGCCAAGGCCAACGGGAAGCAGGCCGAUGAGCCCAAGGCCGUUGCCGAGGUCACAGCCGAGCUGAAGAACGCCUCCAUCGAGGACAAGGCCGAGGAGAAGAAGGACGAGGCCGACAAGGAGGAGACAAAGGCGUAA